AUGAUGGGAAACACUAGGUUAAUUACGGCUCUGAUGAUGGCGGUGCUGUUGCUUCAUUUUGUGGUUUCAUUCUCUACCAAAACAACUGAUAUCAACACAGAUCAAUCUACUCUUCUUGCACUGAAAGCCCAUGUCGUUAGUGAUCCUCGAAAUUUUUUGACAACCAAUUGGUCUGUUGAUACCUCGAUUUGUAACUGGGUCGGUGUCACCUGUGGAUCUCGUCAUCAAAGAGUCAAAGCUCUCGAUCUUUUUAACAUGAGUCUCUCUGGCACCAUACCACUUGAUAUAGGAAAUCUAUCUUUUCGUACUUGGCUCGAUAUCGAAUACAACAAUUUUCAAGGCCUAUUACCAGUUCAGUUGACUAAUUUGCAUCGAUUGAACUUUAUAAGCAUGUCUGAUAACAAUUUCUACGGAGAAAUCUCAUUAUGGAUUGGUUACUUCCCUAAACUUCAGUAUUUGUCUAUGAGCAAUAACAGUUUCACUGGUCCUAUCCCAUCUGAUAUGUGUGAUCGGCUACCCACAUUGAAAGAGCUUUAUUUGUCUGACAACAAGCUUUCUGGGAAAAUUCCAAUAGGUUUAUUCAAGUGCAAAGUGAUACAGAAUAUAUCUUUGGCUUUUAAUAAUCUGGAGGGGAUUCUACCAGAAGAAAUAGGGAACUUGAAGAUGCUUAGGACUCUAGAUCUCCGCGGCAACCAGAUCCAAGGUAUAAUCCCACAGCAAAUUAGUAAUCUAACAGCUGUGAGAGUUCUAUAUUUAUCCCAUAAUUUUUUAACAGAAUUGCUGGACCUAUCGAAUAAUGAUUUAAGUGGAACACUUUCAUCCUCGGAAAGGAGCUUCCUGUCAUCAUUAGCUAAUUGUAGUGGGUUGAUAGCCUUGGCAUUUGGAAGUAAUCCAUUAAUCAGUGGUUACCUUCCGCCUUCUGUAGCAAAUCUCUCGGUUUCUCUUCAAUAUUUCGAUGCUUCGAGUUGCAGCAUUAGUGGGAGCAUUCCAGGGGAAAUUAGUAACUGGAAUGUUGCUACAUAUCUGGAUUUUUCUGGAAAUCAUUUUUCAGGUGCAAUCUCAGACAGAGUUUGUAAUCGGAAUAAUGAUUUGAGAUAUCUUUCCGUUAAUGACAACCGAUUGGAAGGAACAUUACCGUUGUCUUUAACUAAUUGCAGUGAACUGGUAUUUUUGAAUGUUGCAGACAACAAUCUAAGCGAUACCUUUCCUCAUUGGUUAGGAAUUCUUCCACAACUUCGAGUAGUUAUUUUGAGAUCUAAUAGAUUUUACGGUUCCAUUCAAAGUUAUAUAGCCACAUCUUUCUCCAAAUUGCAAAUUAUUGAUCUCUCUCAUAAUGACUUCACUGGCCUAUUGCCAACCAAUUUCUUCCAAAAUCUCAAGGCUCUGAAAGAAGCUGAAUACGUAGACAAUGGUAAUUGGUUCUCCCUUGUUGUUAAUUUAACUAUUAAAGGCUUGGAGCUAGAGUUUACGCUAAAAGUACGUAUGCCCUUAUUAACAUGCAUAGAUUUGUCGAUGAAUGGAUUCCAUGGAGAAAUUCCUAAGGUAGUUGGAGAGCUUAGAUUGCUUCAAGCACUCAAUCUUUCUCAUAACAGCCUGACUGGUCCUAUCCCACCGUCAUUUGGGAAUUUGGCAGCACUUGAAUCAUUAGAUCUCUCAUUUAACAAGCUCAGUGGCAAAAUUCCUUCCCAAUUGACAAAUUUGACAUUUCUUGAAGUGUUAAGGUUUUGGAACAAUAAUCUUGUGGGACCCAUUCCCCAUGGGAAGCAAUUUGAUACAUUUGAAAACGACUCGUAUCGAGGGAACUUGGGUUUGUGUGGAUUCCCAUUAUCAAAGGAAUGUAACAAUGAUGAAAUACCAGAAAGAGCACAAGAUGAGGAAGAUAAUGGUAAUGGUAAUGGAAAUGGAAAUGGAAUAGCUUUUAUUUGGAAAGUUGCAAUGAUGGGGUAUGGAUCUGGAGUGGUAUUAGGAAUUAGCAUAGGAUACAUUGUAUUCACGACAGGAAGACCGCGGUGGCUUGUAAGAAAGAUUGAGAGAGAUUUGCAAAACAAAGUUUCAAGCUGGUUUGGGAAGAAAAGAAAGUAG